AUGGAAGAAAUCAAACCAUUCGCUUGGAUUGUUCUGACAGCUUCCUUCUUUUCGUUGUUUUUUAACUCCUCAUUGAACUAUUCUGUCGGCGUCAUCCACAUUGCCCUGUUAGAUACUUAUGUAGAUGAAGAUAUUCAGACCAUAUCAUGGCUAGGUUCAUUAUUUUCCAGCAUGUUUGCUAUUUCUGGUUUUAUGGGAACGAUAUUGAUCAAUAUGUUUAAUGUGCGAGUCUGUGUUAUGGUGAGUGGUGUGGUCACUUUAAUUGGUUUCUCACUAAGCAGUAUUGUAACAGACAUGAGAUACCUCUUUAUAACCUACAGUCUUAUUGGAGGAACAGGCCAAGCUAUCUGCUACACAGGUUCCAUGGUUACCUUAGGGUAUUAUUUUAAACACAAAGCUAGUAUGGCUUCGGGGAUUGCUUUAUGUGGUUGUGGACUUUGUACCUUUGUGUUCCCUCCUAUAAGCCAACUCUUUGUCGACAGAUAUGGUUUAAACGGUGCCUUUCUUCUCCUUGGUGCUUUAGGAUUCCAAUCGACUGUCUGUGGUGCUCUGAUGAGACCGACAGAGUUUGAGAUUGUGGCGAAACGAAGACUACUGUGUAUAAUGUUGAAAUCUAUGCAGUUCUGUUUGUUUUUGAUCAGCUCUGUUGCAUUUAAUAUGGGCCAAUCAAUAAUAUAUCUCUUUCUACCAGACUAUUUCCGCCAUCUUGGUUCAUCUUCGAUGGAAGCUGCUUUUAUUUUAUCUAUAGCAGGCGUGACAGGUGUUGUAGCUCGAGUAUUGCUUGGCUUUUUGACACAACUAGUGAAUUCUGCCAUCGUUUAUGGUGGAACUUUUGGAAUUAUGGGUAUUAUUACAUAUUUUGUUAAGUACAUGACAACUUUACCUAGUAAACUUUUUUUCACGUCCAUGUUUGGAUUUUAUACUGGUGCAUGCUGGGUUUUACAUUAUACUAUACUAGUAGAAACUGUAGGCAUUGGUAAAUUAUCAGAUGCUAUGGGUAUAGGGAUGGUAUUUUGUGGUAUAGGAUAUUUCACUGGUCCACCAUUAGCAGUGUUCAUGAUGCGACUGGUUAUUCUUAGGUUUACAAUACAUUUGGCAUUGACCUUUUGA